CCAUAUUGGCAGUAGCGCUCCUGCUUCCAAGUAAGUUUUUACUUUACCUUUUCUAUCUUGGAACUAGGGUUGCUUUUGGAAGGGAACAAUGAACAAAAUAAAGCGGUUAGUAUUGAUUGGCAAAAUAUGUGAAGCUAACUAGUUCGGGGCCAACCCUUUUAUGCUAAGCUUGGUCGAAGUCGAACCUAAUAAACUCAAGAUGCCUCUAUUUGCAUGUUCUGAAUUGAAUUCUAAGAUCAGUCAUUUUUCUCAUGGACGUGCACUAAUCUGUGGUGAAGACGCCUCCCUUGUAUGUUGUUCUGUUGAUUACUUGAUGUUAAUCACCAUGUUGUGGUGUUUUCUUGGUGAAUUUGACAGGGCACAGGUGGUAGGAUGGCCUCCUAUCUCUUCAUCCCGGAAGAACACCAUGGCAUCUAAUUCAGCAAAGAACAAUGAAGAAGGUGAAGGGGGCAAGUUGGGAUUUGGUUGCUUCUAUGUGAAGGUCAGCUUGGAUGGCGCUCCAUACUUGAGGAAAGUUGACCUCAAAACCUUUACCAACUACAAAGAUCUGUCUACUGCUCUUGAGAAGAUGUUCUGCAGCUUUACCUUUGUGAAGUGUACCUCGAACGAGACUCCGGGGAAAGAUGGCUUAAUGUGUGAAGGCCAAUCGAGGAAUCUUGUGAAUGGAUCUGACUAUGUUCUCACGUAUGAAGAUAAGGAUGUCGAUUGGAUGCUUGUUGGUGAUGUCCCAUGGGAAAUGUUUACAGAAAACUGCAAGAGACUCAGAAUCAUGAAAGGUUCAGACGCUAUAGGACUUGUUGAUGCAGUUGCAGCUACAAGAGCAACGGAGAAAUGCAUGUAAAUUGGACAGAACACGCAAAAGGAUGCGAAGCACAGAUUUUUCAUCCAACAGAAGUAUACCGAAGUCUGGAAACUGUUUGUAGUUGUGAAAGUGCUUUCUUUUUUGCUCUCUGGGAGUUGUGGUUUUUGGAAAUAUGAAUGAAGUAUUAAUGUAUGU